AUGGUCAAGACGGGCGUCGAUGGCCCCACCGAGGUCUCUUCCCCGACUAUCAACAUUCCCAAGUACAGGCGACUCAGUUCCUUCUCUCUGUCUGGCCGGAACACCCCAAAGUCUUCUCAUAACAACUCUCCUCCUUCGCCAGGAUCUCCUUCCAGCACCAUCUCGGACGAGGUUGCCCAGCAGAAGCAGGCUUUCGGCCACAAGCAUUCUACCUCGUCUACCGCCAUUUCCAGCAUGAACAAGUCGCGCGGACCCGGAAUCACCUGGGCGGGCGGAGGCAAAGACAGCAAGAAGCACUCUCGCUUCUCGCGUAGACGUUCCGCCAGCACAGAAACCGUCCCCAGGAUGGAAGGCGACGACAAGACGGUCGGCCUUGUCGACACCUUCUCCAAACCCGCCAACGAAGGUGUGGGAAUGAAGGCACGCCGUCUCAGUUUGAGUCUGCCAGACGAGUUCGUCGUCGACUCCUGUGAUCUCGACAAGGAGUUCAAGAGCUCGAGUCUGAUGCCCGGCAAGCGAGGCAAAUGCCUCGGACGAGGUGCCACCGCUGAGGUUCGCAUCAUGGCCCGCAAGGGUGCCUUCGGACACGAGGAUUUGGUCGCCGUCAAGGAGUUCCGAGUCCGCGAGAGGGACGAGGACGAGGAGGACUACAUCAAGAAGAUCAAGUCCGAGUACAGCAUCGCUAAGAGUCUGCAUCACCCCAACAUCGUCGAGACCGUCCGUCUCUGCACCAACCGCGGCCGAUGGAACCACGUAAUGGAGUUCUGUGCCCACGGCGAGCUGUUCUCGCUGGUCGAGCGCAAGCUGUUCGCCGCCGGCUCCGAGGGCUACUACUCCCUCCAGGACCGAAUGUGCUUCUUCAAGCAGUUGCUCCGCGGAGUGGACUAUCUUCACUGCCACGGAAUCGCUCACCGCGAUAUCAAGCUCGAGAAUCUCCUCCUCAGCAAGGACGGCUACCUCAAGAUCUCUGAUUUUGGCGUUGCUGAGGUCUUCAGCGGCGAGCACCCGGGUCUCCGUGCUGCCGGAGGCGAAUGCGGAAAGAACAUGGGUGAGGUCCGCCUGUCCAACCCUGGUAUUUGCGGUAGUUUACCAUACAUCGCACCCGAAGUCCUGGAGAAGAAGGGAAGCUAUGACCCCCGCCCGCUCGAUGUCUGGUCCUGCGCCAUCGUUUACUUGACCAUGACCUUUGGCGGCUGCCCCUGGCAGGCCGCAAAGACAGAGUUCGAGUACUACGCUAGGUUCAAGAAGGGUUGGGACAAGUGGUUGGAGGAGCAUCCGGACGGUGAAAUCACUGACGGUGCCGAUGGCCACCCCAAGUGCGGCCAACUGUUCAGCUUCAUCAAUCCACCCAACGUCAAGAGGCUGUUGUUGAAGAUGCUGCACCCCAUCCCGGAGAAGCGCAUCACCAUUCGCGAGGUCAUGAACUCGAAUUGCAUCAAGAACAUUGAAUGCUGCUGCCCAGACAGCUACGAAGACCCCGCCUGCUGCAUCGACGCGUCCAAAAUGAACAGCAAGCAACUGAACAAGGUGACUGCCACGAAGCGUCUCCUUCACCACCACGUUCCCCCGGCGCCUGAGAAGAAGAUCGCCAAGGCCUUCCAGCACCGCUUCGACAUGGGUGACGGCUGGAGCUGA